UUUUUUGGCUGCGUAGGCGGCUGCAAGUGCAGAUGUUUCAGGCUGAGUUGGCAGCUGGUGGUGAGCGCUGCUGGCGGAGGCAGUUCAGAGACCGAGGAGAAUAAUGAAUGGAGCAGGGAGACCCUCGCGUAUUGACAGCCGCGAGCGGGUUCUCAAGUUAGGCGAGAGUUUUGAGAAGCAGCCGCGCUGCGCCUUCCACACUGUGCGCUAUGACUUCAAACCUGCUUCUAUUGACACUUCUUGUGAAGGAGAGCUUGAGGUUGGCAAAGGUGAACAGGUGACAAUUACUCUGCCAAAUAUAGAAGGUUCAACUACACCAGUAACUGUUUUCAAAGGUUCAAAGAAACCUUACUUAAAAGAAUGCAUUUUGAUUAUUAACCAUGAUACUGGGGAAUGUCGACUAGAAAAACUCAGCAACAACAUCACUGUAAAAAAAACAAGAGUUGAAGGAAGCAGUAAGAUUCAGUUUCGUAUAGAGCAACAGCAGCAACAAAUGCGAAAUUUAGCUAAGACUCCCAAUCUUGUAAAACAUUCUCCACCUGAAGACAAGAUGUCCCCAGCAUCUCCCAUGGAUGAUAUUGAAAGAGAACUGAAGGCAGAAGCUAGUCUAAUGGACCAGAUGAGUAGUUGCGAUAGUUCAUCGGAUUCCAAAAGUUCAUCAUCUUCAAGUAGUGAGGAUAGUUCCAGUGAUUCAGAAGCCGAAGAGUGCAGAUCCUCUCCUGAUCCAGGGAAUUAUAUCUCGGAACAUCCUACCAUGUCUGCCAUGCCACAGUGCAGGACUCCUGAGAUUGAUGCCAGUCGAAAUAAAUAUUAUGACAAUGGCCUUAUGAUGAAUACUUUAAGAAAUGAUUUGCAGCUGAGUGAAUCAGGAAGUGACAGUGAUGACUGAAGAAAUAUUCAACAAUAAGUAUAAAAUUUUCAAGACGUGAUAAUUUAUUUUAUAUUAUGAAUAAAAAUUCCUAGGGCUGAGGAAAAUGUAUCAAUUUUUGAUGAUAAAGUUGUGAUUCAGAAUUUUCAGUUAAUGUUACUUUUUUUUUUUUUUACCAUUUAUGAGUACCAGCAUUUUCAUGUGUUUUGUUUAAUGUUAAUGAAACUCUACUGAAGUUUUACAGAUGAGAAAACAAAUUUAGAAGUUAGGUAAUUUGCCCACAUACUGUUAGUUAACAAGUGUCAGAUCAACUGUUCUAAAGUUCAAGUUCAGUGUUCUGUUUUAUCAUACUGCUGUCUUCAAUUAUGAAAUGUCAGAACUACUGAUUUAUAAUAAAUGUCCCUGGUCUUGAUUAUA